CUUUUCGCCAUUACGUCAGUGCUAGAUCUAGUGACUUAAAACUUUGAAAAUGGCUGCUGAAAGACCUGCUGGUGGUAGCUUCGUAGACACACAAGGCUCUCAGGAGGGCGGUGAUGACUUGGUGGUUCGGUUGCGAGGGCUCCCCUACUCGGCUACACGUCUUGACAUCAAGGAACUCUUGAAAGACUGCAAUAUAGUCAACGGCGAAAAAGGAGUCACUUUUACAUUCCUCGAAGACGGUCGACCUUCGGGCGAAGCUUUUGUGGACCUUGGUAGCGAAGACGACGUUGCUAAGGCCUUGGAGCAUAACAACGAACAUAUGGGGAGACGGUAUGUGGAGAUAUUCCGGGCGUCUCGGGGUGAAAAGGAGUGGGACCUUAGGGUGUCGUGUGAGAGUAAGGAGGGCCCUGGGGGGAGCCGGGAUGGUGGUGGUGGUGGGGAGAAUGUGGUCAGGCUACGGGGGUUACCAUUCGGGGCAUCAGACGAUCAAGUUCACGACUUUUUCUCAGGUUUGUCUAUUAUGCCCGGUGGUAUUGUGAUCCAGAGAGACGAGGACGGUAAAGAGAGUGGCAUUGGGUUCGUGGAGUUCACCAACAAGGACCAGGCAGAGAGAGCUCUGGAGAGGGACAGGAAGAGCAUGGGACACAGGUACAUUGAGGUAUUCCGCAGCACUGCCGCUGAGAUCAAGCCCAUCAAGUCUAAUAGGCCCACCCCCUACGAUCGCCCGGGGAGUACUCGACACCAUGGCGGCUAUGGUGGGUAUGAAGAGUACGGGAGGAGUGAGAGGGGCUUCUCAGGAGGGAGGAGAGGGGGGCGUGGCGGUAGCUGGGGCGGGGGAUACAACCGCCACAACCAGUAUGACAACUAUAAGGAAGAGCCAUACUAUGAGGACUCUGCUGGCUAUGGUGGUUACAGUGGUAACAACCAAAGCUCCUUUGACCCUGGCUACCAACAAGCAGCCCCCUCCAGGGGGGCGGUCUCCUACCCCCCAGUGCGGCCCAGUCACCAACCCCCUCGGCCCAAUCAGCAAUUCCCCCCCUCUGAGCCAGGCAGCUUUCUUGUUAGGAUGAGAGGUCUACCAUACUCUGCUAAAGAGAGCGAUAUUAAUAGGUUCUUUGCACCUCAAGUGCCGGUCAAGAUUGACCUUGAAUUGGACGGCUAUGAUCGACCUUCUGGGGACGGUAUGGUCACCUUUGCCACACUACAGGACGCUGAACUUGCCAUGGGAAAAAACAAGAACAAUAUUGGCCACCGCUACAUUGAGCUGUUCCCAGUGUUCAACGGGGAGCCUACUCCUGGCCCUCCCCAGCAACAACAGCGCUGGGGUGACCCGAGAUCACAACAGGGGCCUCCCCCUCCUGCUGACACUGGGCCCUCUGGCUACCAGAACCAGUAUUACCAACCACCACCACAACAAGCCCAGGGGGGCUAUGGCUCUGGAGGAGGAGGAGGUGGCGGCGGCUCUUAUCAGCCACAGUCUGUAGGCUACCAACAGCCACCACCCACCACCUGGGCUGGAGUGGGAUACUGAAUGAACGCACAGAUGCUUUAAGUAUUAACACUAACACUCUAACUAUAUACAUGCUAUAAUUAUAGGCUGCAUAAUAAAUAUACUGUACAGUGCCAUAUUCUAUUUGGGUAAUAAUCGUUUUGUUGCAUCUGAAAAA